GAUUUAGGGUUACACUUGUGUAUUAUGAAUUUUCUUUGUUGUUUAAUGACUGAACUAUUCAGAAUAUGCUUCAAACUGGGCUUAUUGUUGGUGGCUGGGACAAACAUGAAGGAGGUAAAAUAUAUGGGAUACCCCUUGGAGGCACAAUAUUGGAGCAGCCUUUUGCUAUUGGAGGAUCAGGCUCUUCUUAUUUAUAUGGUUUCUUUGACCAAGCAUGGAAGGAAGGAAUGACCCAAGAAGAAGCUGAGAAAUUUGUGGUUAAAGCAGUGUCUCUUGCCAUUGCGCGGGAUGGUGCCAGUGGUGGCGUAGUUCGGACUGUUACUUGGCAAAGAUGCAUACAAGAAAAUACGAGUUGAUGCUACACUUGUGCAACUCUACACAGCCUUUGCAUAUGGGGGGCCUGCCUUUAACUCAAGAUAAAGUUUCAACAAGUUGAUUAUGACAAAGCGGUUAUUGAUCUGGUGCGAUCUGAAUGGGCCGAACAUUGUGAUCAUUUGGAUUUGAAUUGGUUCGGGGA